CUAAUAUCUUUAUAACCUAUGGAAUACAAAUGUUAAGUGCUUUUACAAACUGCCUAAAAGUCUAUAAGAUAAAAAGUGUCACUUUACAGUGUACGAUAAUCUGUUAAUCUUUAUCUUUUUCUGAAUGCAUUCAUCAUUAAUUUAUAAAUUUACUAUUAUGAUAUAAAUAGUUGUUUACAUAUGUAGUAUGACUAGUACAGAAGAAAAGAAAAUAGAAUUCAAAAAGAAAUCAAGGAAACCGAUAAGGAAACGACAGGUUUCAUCAGAUGAAGAUGACAAUGAAAAUGAAGAAGCCUCUGUUAGGGAAAAAGUUGAAGAGAUGAAAACUAUACAAAAACUUCGUGAAAGACCAAAAGGUAUAAAUGUUGUUGGAUUAGCCCUUGGAGAAAAUGUAACACCUGAUGUAAUGACGUCUGACCCUUUUAAUGUAAAAACUGGAGGAAUGGUAAAUAUGACUGUAUUAAAGAAUACAAAAUUGAAACAAAAUGAUGCAUAUGAAACUGGAAUUGGCACACAAUUUAAUGCAGAGACUAAUAAACGCGAUGAAGAUGAAGAAAUGGUAAAAUAUAUUGAAGAAGAAUUAUCAAAGAGGAAAAGCAAAACUGAAGGUACAACUGAAAAUGGAUCAAAUAACGACAAAGGUUCUUAUUGUUCACCAGAAGAAGCAGCUUUGCAAGCAGUACCUGAACAUUUAAGACAAAGCUCUGCACACAGAAGUGAAGAAAUGCUUUCAAAUCAAAUGUUAUCUGGUAUUCCAGAAGUGGAUCUUGGAAUAGAAGCAAAGAUUCGUAAUAUCGAAGCUACGGAAGAAGCUAAGUUAAAACUGCUUUGGGAUAGGCACAGAAAGAAAGAUGGACCCUCGCAAUUUGUCCCAACAAAUAUGGCUGUGAAUUUUGUACAACACAAUAGAUUUAACAUAGAAGAUACAGAUUUCCAGAAAUCAAAACAAGAUUCUGAUGAGAGAAAAAAAGUUGCAGCACCCAGAGAUGAUUACAAGAGUAAAAGGAAAGAUAAUGGAGAAAAAGCAACUGAUGAUUAUCAUUAUGAAAGAUUCAAAAAACAAUUUAGACGAUUUUGAAAUUAUUUGUAAAUAGAAAUAAAGGAUAUAAGUUAUAUGUAAUAAAAAAUUUAUUAUUUAUACAUAA